AAAACCCUGAAUAUCCAGGAUGUUGGGAUGAUGCCAAUGGGAGCCAUGACUGCAGCAGCAACACCUGCAGCUCUGGCAGUGGAAGAGGACGCGGCACCAGUCAAGAAAGAGAAGACACACUUCACAGUAAAACUGACAGAACUGAAGGCAGCAGAGAAAGUGAAACUCAUAAAAGAAGUGAAGAACAGCAUCCAAGGCUUGAACCUGGUGCAGGCUAAGAAGUUGGUUGAGUCCCUCCCCCAGGAGAUCAGAGCCAAUGUGUCCAAAGAGGAGGCGGAGAAGCUGAAGACAGCCCUGGAGACAGCAGGAGGCACUGUGGUGCUGGAGUAGACCGUCCCACCUCUCUCCCUGCCUCCACCCGACUGACCCCAUCCACCGUCGGGCUGCUGUUACACGUGUCUUCUAUCUUUCUGUUGUAUACAGCAGGAAAAGAACAAAGGAACCCAAUGCCUUGGAAAAGGAAACUAAAACCUAGCCUUUUUGACAACGUUGCUGUACUAGCUACCAACUGGACGGUGUGAGGCGGGAGAAACUAACUCAGACUGAACUCCUCAGGCUCAGAGCCUGAACGUACCCGCCCACCGCCCGGGCCGCUCGUCAGUUCCCUCGCCCAUUUGUCUUGUUCGUCUGUCUGUCUGUCUGGCUCUGUCCCGAUCCUCCACCCUUCUCCUGAAGUGUGUACUUCUCUUGGGUUCUUUCUCACAUUGGUUUAACAACGGUGGAAACUCAACUCCCUCAAGCCAAUGUUUACAUCAGCCCUGUGUUUAAAAGUCCACGACUGGGAAUAUGAGGGUACAGUACAGGA